UGAAUUUGGACAAAACACUACGCGAAACGGAAGGCAGAGGAAUCGAGCUUCAUGCCAACGUUGAGCUGAGCACUUGACUUCUUCUUCCUUUCGCCAUUGCAUUGCAUAAUCUCUCACACGUGCCACAAAAACUACCAUUCUUUUCUUCACCAUAAAAAAAACAGAGACACACACACAUACACUUUCUUUUCCCUUUUUCAUUUUCCUUAACAGGCAGAGAGAAACAGAGCAAGAGAAUAUAUACAUAAGCCUAAAAAAGAAUGUCAUGGGUGAGAUCGGCGGUAAACAGAGCGGUGGAAGGCGGCCCAACCAAUCUCCGACGCGCCGUUCGCACCUACACAGACUCCGUCGUGCUCCAUGCAAGCAACGCCGUCGUCGGUGGCGCCAGAAUCAUCCACGACCGCAUUGCGUCUCGGAACAUGCAAAGUUUUAGGCACACUGUAAAACGAUUGGAAGAACUUUCUGUUUCUUGUAGAGGGAUAGAGAGAGUUCAGUUGCUAAGAAGGUGGCUGGUUGCGCUUAAAGAAGUUGAGAGACUCACUGCUACCUUCACUGACACCAAUGCAAAAUAUUCAGAGCCAGACAACCAGUUUCUUUAUGAUGAAUUCAAAGAUUCACCUAUACAACAACCCACUUUGAUUUACUAUGUAGACCCUGGUGUUGAGGGUGAGCCAAAAAAUUUCCGCGAUGUCUUUCUUUCCAGUCAAGCUCUUGAGGGCAUAACUCUCUCAAUGAUUCUUGAUGCACCAAAUGAGGAAGAAGUUUCAAUACUUUCGGAGAUAUAUGGGCUUUGUAUUAAAGGAGGAAAGGAAGAACAUACUGCCUUGUUAUCCAGUGUACAGGAUUUGGCAAAAGCAUUUUCUGGAUAUGAAGAUGAAGUGCUGGCAAAGCGAGAAGAGUUGCUUCAAUAUGUCCAAAGUGCAAUUUCAGGGCUGAAAAUAAAUGCUGAUCUUAUGAGAAUAGAAGUUGAAGCAUGCAAUCUGAAGGAAAAAAUUGAGAAUAUGAAGGCAAUCAACCAAGAUAGAAAUUUUGUAAAAUCACCUAAGGAGACAACUGCUGUAGCAAUAGAGGCUCUUGAUGAGGCUAUGGUAAAAAUUCAAACGUGUUCUAAGUUGGAGGAACUCUUACUGAAAAAGAAAUACUUUAGCUAUGGUGAUUCUCCACAACUUCAUUCUGAAAAGGUUGAAAAAUUGAAAAUUUUAUCAGAGUCUCUUGCGAAUUCUACCACAAAAGCUGAGAAUCGCAUUUCAGAAAACAGAUCUCAUAAAGAAGAAGCACUUCAUUUUCGUACAACUAAAGCUAAGGAGGUUAGCCAAGUUGAGAAGGAAUUAGCCGAGGAGAUUGGAGAACUUGAGGAGCAGAAAAAUGAUCUUGAAGACAGACUGAGAAAGGUCAACACGUUGUUAACAUCUGCACGUGUACGCCUCCACAAUGCAAGAGAAGAAAGAGAUCAGUUUGGUGAAGCAAGCAAUGAAAUUGUAGCACUUUUAAAAACAAAGGAAGAUGAGAUGGUGCGGGCCAUUACUUCUUAUACAGUGGAAGCUAAUGUUGUUGGUAAAUGGAUCAAAUUUCUAGAGAGCACAUGUGUCUUCCAAACUUCACAUACAAAGAGCAAGGAGGAGCAGGUCAAUGCCGAGCUGGAGAGAUGUGGAGAUCGUUUUGUGAAUUUGGUGGUUCAUCUUCUGUAUUCGUACAAGGAAAAUUUGGGUUUAUCUGUUAUUCAAAUAAGAGUACUUGUGGAAAAUUUAAGAUCCAGUCCAGGGUUAGCAAUAUCAUCGGCAGUAGAUAUUGAAGGUUCGAAAGUAACAAAUCCAAGGAGAAAGCUUGAAGAAGAAUAUUUAGAUAUUGAAUCCAAGUUUUUUGCCACUCUGAAUAUAGUGGACACCAUGAAGAAGCAGUUUCACAUUCAAAAGGAAGGCAUUUUUAGAAAAGACAACGACAAGGUCACAGAACUAUUUGAUGCCAUUGAGAAAAUAAAAGACGAAUUUGAAUCUAUUGAGAGGCCACAACUAGAACUUGAGAUUCCAACUGAUAGGUCAGAAACACCACCAAGUAAAAUAACCUCCAGAAUUCCUUCACCUCCCUCAACGGCUAAUAAAUACAAGCAAGAUGGAGUCAUCAACUCUCCCUCUAUGACUGCAAGAUCACAAAUAGAAAUAGAACUUGAUAAAUUAAGCGAUGACUCAGAAGAAGAGAUAAGUGAAUGGGAGUUUGAUGCUCUUGACAAAGAUCGUCUCAACAGGAGUUGAAUAACAAGAAUAUAGACCAAAAUCACUGAUGUUGUAAAAAGAAUGAUAUCAAAAGGCAUCACUGUUCAGUGUCUUGGGAAGACUGUGAUUUUGGCUUACUCCAUUACUCAGAUAACUAAGUUGUUCACUCAACGGAUGUACAUGAAACAGCUUUGGUCCAGAUAGUUGUAUUUGUACCAUAUUCAUCGUUGAUGAAAUGUAGAUAGAUAUAUUUAACCAUGUAACUUUCCUAGAUAAGCCUUGUUUGUGUAACAUUUUUGUCAGUGAGAAAAUUCUUUUUUAUUAUCAUUUAGAAAUGUUGACAUAAUAGACUAGUAACAAGCUGUUUUGUACCUGGCAUGGUAUUGAGGAUUUGGGGUCAUGUACAAUACAAAUAUACGGCUCCAAUUACCUGCAUUUAUGAUUAUUGACCACGUU